AUGUCACACCGGCCGUCCAUGUCGCUAAACUCCCCCACCAUACUAUCCGGUCUUGAGGUGCACCAGGAAACCGCCGAUUUGGCCAAUAUCGGCGUCACGGAUCACGACACCGUGGCGAUAGACGACCGGGAGCUCGAGGAGUACACGCCGGAGCACCCGCCGAUCCCCAUAGAUUCCGCUAGGUACAAGCGGGGCCUGGCCCUGGCAUAUGCCGAGCCCCAGUUUGCAGACAACUCCAGCAUGACCCCGCUAGUCGACAGCUCCAAGAGCUUCUAUGCAGCCACGCUCCGGCACGAUACACGCCGUUCGCCCAACGAUCUCGAAGCGGCCAUGGACGCGGGCCCCGGCCUCUUGCCCAAAACACCCCACGAGGAUGUGCGUACAGAUAAGGACCUCUCCGGGCCCAGCAACAUCUUUGUGAAGGCCGCCUCCUUUGUGCCGGCAGUGUUCUUGGGGACCUUGCUCAACGUGCUCGAUGCCUUGUCGUACGGCAUGAUCAUGUUCCCCAUCGGAGAGGCCGUGUUCUCGCAAAUGGCCCCCACCGGACUCUCGAUGUUCUACAUCUCCACGAUCAUUUCCCAGUUGGUCUACUCGUGCGGGCUCUCCGCGUUCAAAUCGGGCAUUGGCUCCGAGAUGAUCGAGGUGACCCCGUUUUUCCACUCCAUGGCCCUCAGCAUCGCGGCCAACAUGGCGGACAAACUGGACGAGGCCAUUCUCGCCACGGUCAUUGUCACGUAUGCGUUUUCGGCCGUGGUCACCGGGGUGAUUUUCUUUCUCCUCGGCAAGUUGAAGUUGGGCUCGUUAGUGGGCUUUUUCCCCAGACACAUCUUGGUGGGAUGCAUCGGCGGCGUGGGCUACUUCUUGGUAGUCACGGGCAUCGAAGUCUCCUCGCGCCUCGAGGGCGGGCUUUUCUACGAUAUGCCCACGUUCCACUUUUUGUUCGACAACUAUUUGACCUUGAUGCAAUGGACAGUCCCGCUUCUUCUCACGGUGGUGUUGAUUCUCCUCCACCAGAAGAUCCACCACUCGCUCUUGGUCCCCAUGUUUUUCAUUGGUGUGUUCAUCGCCUUCCAUGCGAUUGUUGCGUCGGUCGGGGCCUGGGAUUUGGACAUGGCCAGGAAGUACGGCUGGGUCUUUCCCGCAGUCGAAACCAAGGAGCCAUGGUACUCUCACUACCAGCUAUUCCGCUUCAACUUGGUGGACUGGCUUUGCAUUUUGCGGGAGCUCCCCACCAUGCUAGCUCUCACGUUUUUCGGCAUUUUGCACGUGCCCAUCAACGUCCCUGCUCUCGCAGUCAGCGUGGGUAUGGACCAGUUCGACGUUGACCGGGAAUUGGUUGCGCACGGCUACUCCAAUGCACUUUCGGGCUUGGUCGGCUCCAUCCAGAAUUACUUGGUAUAUACCAAUUCCGUGUUGUUCAUCAGAGCAGGCGCUGAUGACCGGCUAGCUGGGAUCAUGUUGGCCGCGGCUACCGCGGGUGUCAUGGUCACUGGCCCAGUUGUCAUUGGCUAUAUUCCAGUUUGCGUCGUGGGCUCUCUCAUCUACUUGUUGGGCUAUGAAUUGCUCAAGGAGGCCAUUUAUGAUACAUGGGGUAGGUUGCGCAGAAUUGAGUACUCCACUAUUCUUAUCAUCGUUGUGGUCAUGGGGGCUUGGGACUUUGUCUAUGGCGUCUUGGCCGGUAUUCUCUUGGCUUGUUUGUCUUUUGUUGUACAGGCUGCCAGAAGACCCGUCGUGCAAGAUAUUUACACUGGUGUGGUGGCUCGCUCGACAGUUCUUCGUCACCCCAAACAGCAAGAAUUCUUGAAGGAUGUGGGAAGCCAGAUCUGUGUAAUCAAAUUGCAAGGCACUGUCUUCUUCGGCUCCAUUGGUGGGGUGGAAGAUUCCAUACGAGACAUCUUUGAAAAAACAAGGUUUCGCAAGAACCCAAUCAAAUAUUUGAUCAUCGACAUGAAAAGCGUGUUCUCAAUUGACUUCUCUGCGGCGGAAGGCUUCCGGCGAAUCUUAAACUUGACCAAUGAGUUUAGUACUCAAUUGAUCAUUGCCUCUGUAGAAGAGGACAGCGAGAUUGUGAAUGCCUUACGUGACGCCGGUUUAUGGGACACUGCUUGUGACUUGGACAUCCAGCUUUUUGAUGAUUUAAACUUUGCGCUCGAAUGGUGUGAAAACUCUUUCUUGAAAACCUACAACAAGCUUCAAGUCCAUGCCAUUCCAACAAAGCAAAUUCGCGGUGUCUCUACUAUGAAACUGGGCUCGCCGCUGAGCAAGUCAGUCAUGUCUCCAGGCUUUGACAUGGCCUUUGGCACUCCCCGUACAACCCAAGUGUAUCAGGCUGCCACUAAGAAAGUCAAGGACGAGCAAAAAAUGCAAAGAAAAUAUUAUUCCAGCACAGAUAAUUCCUUUAAGCAGAAGCCGCUACCUCUUCUAAUGAUCACAUUUAAUGGUUUGUCGGAAAAGGAUGCAUCAUUUUGGGCCAAGGUAGCUACUUCAUUCAUCAUGGAGAAAAUUCCUCAGGGCAUGACCUUUUAUGAUACUGGUGUCAACGAUCCUUCGUUCUUCAUCUUAGAAUCCGGACUAGUGCGCUCAUCAUUCAAGUUUGAGAGUGAUUACAGAGAACUUCCGUCAUCUAUCUUGCCAAACACGGCUUUUGGCGAUUUGCUCGAAUUAAGCGCUUAUAGGAGAACAACCUAUACAGCGGUGAACGAUACUGUGGCGUGGAGAUUGACGGCAGAGAAGUUGAAAGACUUGUUGAGGACGCCAGAAGGACAAUUGGUCUUUAACGAGCUUUUGAUCGUGCAAGCUAAGUUAAUGAAGGAGAGAUUCGAUACGCUUAGUGCCAACUUAGUAAUUUCUGCUUAG